AUGGCUUCUUCCCAGUUCUCGGUCCGCAAGGUCGCGGCCGCAAACACCCUCGAGCACCGCGUCUACAUUGAGAAGGACGGCGUCCCCGUCUCCCCCUUCCACGAUGUGCCCCUCUACGCCGACCAGGAGAAGGGCAUCCUCAACAUGAUUGUCGAGAUCCCCCGCUGGACCAACGCAAAGCUCGAGAUCUCCAAGGACGAGCUCCUCAACCCCAUCAAGCAGGACAUCAAGAAGGGCAAGCUCCGCUUCGUCCGCAACUGCUUCCCCCACAAGGGCUACCUCUGGAACUACGGUGCCUUCCCCCAGACAUGGGAGGACCCCAACGCCAUUCACCCCGAGACCAAGGCCAAGGGUGACAACGACCCGCUCGACGUCUGCGAGAUCGGUGAGCUCGUCGGCUACACCGGCCAGAUCAAGCAGGUCAAGGUCCUCGGUGUCAUGGCCCUGCUCGACGAGGAGGAGACCGACUGGAAGGUCAUUGUCGUCGACAUCAACGACCCUCUCGCCUCCAAGCUCAACGACGUCGAGGACGUCGAGCGCCACCUGCCCGGCCUCCUCCGCGCCACCAACGAGUGGUUCCGUAUCUACAAGAUCCCCGACGGAAAGCCCGAGAACCAGUUCGCCUUCACCGGCGAGUGCAAGAACCGGGCCUACGCCAUGGACGUCAUCCGUGAGUGCGCCGAGGCAUGGGAGAAGCUCAUCACCGGCAAGACCCAGCCCGGUGGCAUCUCCACUACCAACUUGACCGUCUCCCACUCGCCCAGCCGCGUUGGUGCCGACCAGCUCCCCCCUCUGCCCGCCAACGAGGAGCUCACCCCCGCCAAGAUCGACAGCUCGAUCGACAAGUGGUUCUUCAUCAGCGGUGCCGCCGCUUAG